AUGGCUACCGGGUUUCCUCAGGCAGAUCUGCCCGUGCAGGCCGGUUCGCAAUCUCACAACACAACAUUCAAUGAUAUAACAAAUCCCACGACCGGGGACGUUGAGAAACAAAGUACAAACGAACCCGAGGAGUCCACAGCCAAGCAGUCAGCCUUUAAAGGGCUUGGCUGGCUAGAUCGCUUCUUAGCCAUCUGGAUUUUUCUUGCAAUGGCAAUCGGAAUCAUCCUGGGAAAUUUUGUGGAAAAUACGGGACCCGCCCUUCAAAAGGGACAAUUCGUUGGAGUGUCUAUUCCGAUUGCUAUCGGUCUCUUGGUCAUGAUGUAUCCUAUUCUUUGCAAAGUGCGAUAUGAAUCUUUACACCACGUCUUCCGAGAGCGUGGUAUCUGGGUCCAGAUUGGAUUUAGUAUCUUUGUUAAUUGGAUUAUUGCACCUUUUUUGAUGCUCGCACUGGCAUGGGCCUUUCUACCGGAUGAACCAGAGCUUCGCGAAGGCUUGAUCUUAGUUGGAUUGGCCAGAUGCAUUGCUAUGGUUCUUAUAUGGACUGGUCUCGCUGGAGGCGACAGUGAAUACUGCGCUAUUCUUGUAGCGGUUAACUCGUUGCUGCAAAUGGUGCUCUUCGCUCCCUUGGCCAUUUUCUUCAUCAAGGUCAUUAGUCACUCUAGCAGCCAAGUUACACUGUCUUACUCUACCGCUGCCAAAAGCGUGGCAGUCUUCCUUGGUAUUCCUCUUGCUGCUGCGAUUAUCACCCGCAUUGCACUUCGAAAGAUCACUAGCCCUCGUUGGUACGACCAGGUUUUCCUGAAAUGGGCUGGCCCAUGGUCACUCAUUGGGCUUCUCUUCACGAUUCUUGUGCUAUUCGCAUCCCAGGGCCGGCAGGUGGUUCAUCAAAUUGUAUCGGUGGUCCGAGUCGCCGCUCCGCUUAUUGUUUAUUUCAUCGUUGUCUUUUUCGUGACCCUUCUUGUGACCUACAAGCUCGGGUUUGGUUACAAGUUGGCUGCCACUCAAAGUUUCACUGCAGCCAGCAAUAAUUUCGAGCUUGCGAUUGCCGUCGCUGUCGCAACAUUUGGUGCCAACAGCAACCAAGCGCUUGCCUCCACCGUCGGGCCUUUGAUUGAGGUCCCGGUACUGCUUGGCCUGGUCUAUGUUGUCAAAUUAAUAGCCAAACGAGCUGGCUGGAAGGAUUAA